AACCCCAUAUAAUUACUCCUGAAACAUGGAUCAAAAGUGGCACGUUGGUGGAAUAUGAAUUCACCGGAGACUACUGUCCAAAACACACUUCACCUAAAGAAUGCGAACGCGCAACAAAAUCGGAUAUAAUUUGUUUUUGGUGUGAAAAUGCGGACAUAUGCAUUGAUAGUACUGACCAGAAUGCUCAUAACAUGAAAGUUAAUAAGUGCCUUGUUAAGCUUAAACCAGAAGUGAACGAGUUGAGUAAACAAACACCCACCAAACACAUUGAAACAACAUCAAGCGCUCGUGAAGAAACUGACCAACCCUCG